AUGGUCCUUGCGCCCAGAUUUCCAUCACCACUGCUAGUCCGGGAGAUCCACUUCUCAGCAUCGCGUCUGAAGCGCCGGAAAACAGCGGAGGAGAAGAAAUCCCCCAGAAUUAUAGAGUACUCCCCAAAGAAGGCUCAACCGGGAAAAUCCGACUCUGCAGAUGUAUGGCGGCACAUGAGUGUGGCCCAACUGGCCAAGGAGCUGGACAGGUCUUUGGAUAACGUCCAGGAGGCCAUGUUGUAUGUCAAGGGCGCGGAUAACAUUGAGCCUGAUGCAAAGAUCGCAGACCUCCAAAUCAUUCAGGAGAUAGCUAAGAAGUUGGCGGUCAAGACUCGGGUGGUGGCCACACCAGACAAUGCCACCGAGGAUGACCAAAAGGAGCGCGAUGUAACGCCCAGACCCCCGGCUUCACCAGAAAUGCUGAAACCCCGUCCACCAGUGGUCACAGUUAUGGGACACGUCGAUCAUGGCAAGACCACGUUGUUGGAUUCUCUGCGAGGUGCCGAUGUAGCCGCUGGCGAAGCUGGAGGCAUAACGCAGCACAUAGGCGCGUUUACUGUGACCUUGGAGAACGGAGAAAGAGUCACGUUCCUGGACACCCCCGGACAUGCUGCCUUCAGCGCCAUGCGAGCUCGAGGUGCGGUGGCCACGGACAUCAUUGUUUUGGUGGUAGCCGCCGAAGAUGGUGUAAUGGCUCAGACCCGUGAAGUCAUACAGCUGGCCAAAGAGGCGCAAGUUCCUAUUAUCGUGGCUCUCAAUAAAAUUGAUAAGCCCGAGGCCAAUAUUGAGAAAAGCAAGCAAGAGCUUACCCAAAUGGGUCUGGCACUCGAGGAGCAUGGCGGGGAUGUCCAGGUGAUACCCAUUUCAGCCCUAAAGGGAACCAACUUGCAGCUCUUGGCCGAGGCAGUCAGCACCCAAGCCACCCUGAUGGGUCUAAGGGCGGAUCCUACGGGUCUGGUCGAGGGUAUAGUGGUAGAGUCCAAAACGGAUCCACGACGUGGAAAGCUCUCCACGGCCAUCGUCUCUCGAGGUACCCUUCGAAAGGGAUCCGUACUCUUAAGCGGUUUAGCGCAUGCCAAGGUGCGAGAACUCUUCGACCACAAUGGCCAGCCGCUGACUGAGGCUCCUCCAGGCACCCCUGUGGAGAUUCUUGGUUGGAGGGAGCUGCCUUUAGCUGGUGAGCUCAUACUCGAGGUGGAAACAGAGAAAAAAGCCCAUGCUGUGCUGAAGUACCGGGAACACGAGGCGCAGCGAGAAAAGAUCGAGUCCAGCAGCGACGAAAUCCGCAAAAAGGAGGAGGAGCACCAGGCCAAGUACCGGGCUGAACGAGAAGCUCGCAGACUGGCCGGACGUUUCCGGGUCCGGGGCGGUCAGCGAGUGAAGCAGUUGGAUGAUAACGAGGGCAAGCCAAGGGUCAGUGUAAUCAUCAAGGGAGAUGUGCACGGAUCCGUGGAGGCCAUACUGGAUGUGCUGGAAACGUACAACAGCAAUGAGAACUGCCGCCUGGACAUCGUGCACUAUGGAGUGGGCAAUGUGACCGAGGGAGAUCUAGAGCUGGCCAAGGCAUUCGAUGCCAUAAUCUAUGCCUUCGCCGUGGAGGCCCCGCAACCAAAGUUCGCCAAAGAUGUGAAUAUACGAAGCUACAACAUCAUCUACCGGCUGAUCGACGACCUUAAGGAGCAGCUUAGCAACAAGCUGCCACCCGUGGAGGUGGAGGAGGUGCUGGGCGAGGCAAAUGUCCUGCAAAACUUCCUCAUCAACGAGGGACGCAAAGAGGUGCCCGUGGCAGGAUGCCGCUGCACCAAAGGGGUGCUAAAGAAGGCCCAGAAGUUUAGACUGCUACGAGAUGGGGAAACGGUCUACGACGGAUCUUUGGAGUCCAUGCGACACCUGAAGAACGAGGUGGAUACCAUCAAGAAAGACGUCGAGUGCGGGUUGCGGUUGAAGGACACCAAAGUGUUGCCCGAAGCUGGCGACAUUCUGCAAUGCUACACCACGCGCAUGGAGUCUCAGAAAACGGACUGGGAUCCAGGUUUCUAAUAGAUGGGCUUUUGUCAAGCACAGCCUCUGCCUUGUUAUCGUAUCUCUAGUUUUUUAUUAAUAUAUUCUGUUUA